AACUUCUGAGUGAUGGCUUCAGACAAAGAAUUUAUGUCUAGAAUGAUAGAGGGCUUACUUCUUAUACUGGCUGAUGAAAAACAUUCUCCUGACGACUGCGGUAUGAAGUUCAUGCUGUGGGAGUUAAAAUUCCUGGAUAGUUUUCUCGGUUUGCAAAGCUUCGCCUUUGUAGGCGAAUGCGGCAUCCUAGAUUUCACACAGAAAAUGCUAGCAAUUUGGAAGAGCACUGUUGAUCCAGAUUCAGAUUCAGAAUCUAAUAUGGUACUGCCAAAGCUGGAAUUCAGAGCAACAUACUCCUUUCCCAAAAUAUCACCACUUUCAGCCAACAAGGUGGAUGAUAUUAUUCCUCCAGCCGAUUUUGUGAUGGCAUUUAUCGAUGUUGUAGAAGAGAAUCUCAAUAUCUCCCCCUCGAACUAA